GUUUAUGGCUAGAUGGAAAUGAGGAGAAAAGUCGACGACAACUUCUUAUCGGAAAAGGUUCUAUACAAAUAUGGAAGCGUCUUCCAGAUGGCUAUCGUUUAUUAUUAUACAUAUAUGCCUUUAAAAUCAAAGCAAAGCCGAGGGAGGUCACUAUCACCGUUUACAAAAAUGGGUUCGAUCUCAAAAUCGAGCUUGAUGAUGAUGACUUGCUAAUCAAAUGGCCAGUUGAUCCUAGUAAAAGUGUUAUAGAUGCAUGUAAAGCCCUUGAAUGGUUGGAUGAGGAGAAGGACAAAAACUAUGGACAAUUCGAGAGACGCGUAUUGUUCGACGAAAUCAAACAUCAAGUUACCAAUAUUGUUCGCAUUUUUAUUAAAUACCAUCCCGAUGAAUGGAGGCUACUCGAAGUGCGACACGACUUGAUGAAGUCUUUAAUCAUUGGAGGAUGUUCUCGCCUGACACAAGACUUGGUUAGAGUUAGUGAUGAUGAAAACAAUGAAGAUGAAAAGGAUCGUCUUGCGUUACACAUUCCGCGAAAAUACUCAUGGCACAAUGAUAACGGAACACUGAAAGAGAAGAAGACUGAUAUAAUGGUAGCCAUCGAGAAAAGGGACAAGUUGACCGAGAACUUUCUCGCGUACUAUGCUCAUCAUGCCAAAGACCAUUAUAGUUGGAUGCAUACAAUGGGACAAGCGUUAUUGGCGUUAUCCGAGUCAUCUAAAAGAAGCAACCUGGAUAUUAAUAGAAAGAGAUUGUUUGCUCAUCCGACGUUCGCCGGAGAUAUAUCACAUGGUCAUAAACAUUUUCCUGCAUCUUACACAACCAAUUUUCGAUUGUUACCAGAGAUUAACUAUAACUUGCGGUCAUUAAUAUUAACGGAAGAUGAUAUAAUGUUGAUUGCAAAUCUGAGACAGACCUAUAUGAUAGUCAAGGGCACGCUAAGGUUCAAGUUGUGGGUUCGUCAAUUGAAACGACGGCUUCGGAACGUUAAGCUUGGGAUGAUAGUAAAAGUUAUGCUUACCCCCUUCUCAUUUGCUUUGAAAAUGAUCGAACAUGCAGUUGACAGAGUUUCGUCGCGGGUUCAUGAGAUACGUCGUUUUCCAGUGCCAGUUGACGUCGACGUCGUCGUUAGGAUUCUAAGAAAUGCUGUGGCUGAAGGGGGUAGUGAAAUAUUUUCCGAACAUCCGUUUUUUACUGGCCUUAUCAAUAAUGCAUGGGAGGAGACAUCUCAUUUCUAUUUCGUCUUUUUGAUUCUGUUUUUUUCUUAUUUGAUAGCCUUUGAUAUAUUUAUAUGGGAAUUCAUUCAUCAAAACAACAGUCAUUAUGCUUUAGUUAUAUACCUCUUUGUAAUUGGGACAUAUUAUGCAUUGUUUGAAUUGAAUGAACUGCGGUAUCAUAAACGAAAAAGCAGGACAUUCUACAAAAUAGUCAACGUUAUUCUUCCUAUAAUAACAACUGCAGUCUUGACAUCCAGAGCAACGCGUGAUGACAAUGGGGCAUGGGGAUUUAGCCAGACAGAAAUAGGUAGAGGUAUUAUCUUCCUUAUUUCCAUUAGCACAUUCAUCAUGUGGUUCCAAUUACUGAUGCUUCUAAGACUAUUUGAAGAGACAAUCUUGCGUAUUUUACCGUUCUUGGUGUCAUUGUUUAUACUCGUUGUAGCAUUCGGACAUGCCAUGUACGUGCUUUUGCAUGAUCCAACACAAAUUGGUCUGUCACCAAAUCUCCUACAACUCGGUGUCAACAUGACAACUCCUGAUGGCGGCGUCGAACACACUAAUUAUACAGUAUAUCAAAAUUACAAUCCACAAGAUGUGUCUGACAAUAGUUUUGCAAGUUUCUGGACUUCUGUGUUAUCCUCUUAUAAUUGGAUGAACGGGAGAUGGGAUAAUGUGGACUGGAAUUACUAUCCAGUUACAAUUUUCACCGUCAUUGCAAGCUUGCUUCUAGUUAUUAUUAUGUUAAAUAUCCUUAUUGCCAUCAUGGGCGAUGUAUAUGACGAUGCCAAGGUAUUCGGGAAACGAGAAUUCCUGAGAUUGCGGGCAAGAUUCGUGCUAUAUGCAGACGACUUUGGUAACAUGUUGUGGAGUGCGCUGUUUCGCUCAUAUAAGUCAUCGUCGCGCUUUGAAGAAGUCGUAAAGAAAAAUCCUCGAUAUAUGUAUGUUCUUGGUAAUCGUCGACAAUUCGAACAGUGGGUUGAGGAAAGGGGAAUAUUUCGAGAAUUCACCAAGCCGCAAGACGUUCAAGAAAAGCUAACUGACCACAGUUGCUUUAACUUGGAGGAUAAUGAUCACUGGAACGCUUUUACAUUCGAAAACUCGGACCGUUACAGAAAUAUUCUUAAUUGA